AUGUUCCCCGUACGCUCCACACUCCGUCAAGCUCGUCAGUUUUCCUCUACGUCUCGCUCUCUCUCGGUGUUGGACUACUUCAAGUUCUUCAAGAAGAAGACCCCAAGCAACACUCCUCAACCAAAGCAAACCGCUCAAGUCAUUGAGGAAGUUAAAAAUAAUCAGGACAAGAUAACAUCCGAAGCAGAGAUUGAAAUCAUUGGUAAGAAAAACCCACGGUACUACGACGAAGAAGUCAUUGCAGAGAACCUGAAGGGGUUCAGUGAAAAAUAUUGGAUUCAAGGCCAAUCUAUAAAACAGGGUGAUGUUUCAGAGUUGUUGGCAUCCAUAUUCAACCAACAUAAAGUCACCCCUGAUGAUAAACCAAUUGAUAACUUAUACCUUAGAUUUGCUAUCUUUAAAGCAGUACAAGAAAGGUUCGGCGUCUUUAUUCCAGAUUCAAAAUUCACCUUUCUAGAUUCUUACGCUCAAUUCGAAUCGACUCUACAGAAUUUGCUCGAUCCUGCCCUGAAAACCACAAAAAAGAACGAAUUCCAGCCAGAUGCAGUUGACUUCAACCUCGAGGAGUUUAAAGGUACUAAUGUCCACAUCACAAAACAUGUAUUCAAAUCUGAAAAGGAGAAGAAAUAUGCUGAGUUGUUGGAGAAGGCUAAACUUGAAGAGGAAAAAUCUCUGGAAAACUAUAAGUCUUCUAACUCGACUUCCUCCGUUUGA